AUGUCUGAUUUAACUGAUGUUACUGUAAAAAGAUCCCUUGAUACUACUGUUGAGUCUCCGGAAAAUGUCGCCAAGAAAUCAAAGAUUGAACAGCGCAUUCAGAUAGAUAGUGGUAUUCAUGAAGCAGAUGUCGGGAUUACUUAUUUUCUAUCCCCAGAAUUGUCAGGAUUUAAAGGACAAAUCAAGCAACGGUACACUGACUUUUUAGUUAAUGAAAUUGAUCAAGAAGGCAAUGUCAUUCAUUUAACAGAUAAGGGGUUUAAGAUGCCAAAGAAACCUCAACGCUCUAGGGAAGAGGCCAAUGCAGAAAGGGAAGUUGAAGCUGCUAGAAGACAAGAAUUUAAAGUUGAUUCUCAAUUGAGGGAGGAAUUGGUGGAGAUAUUUGGGGAAGAAGAUGUGUCCAACAUCGAAACCGUCUACCGCAUGGCUAAUAAGAUGGAAUCAACAAAAAGUUUUGAGGAUAAGACCGUUAGAACUAAGAUUCAUCAGUUAUUACGUCAAGCUUUCAAUAACGAACUUGAAUCGGUAACCACUGAUAACAACACUUUUAAGAUUGCAAGAUCUAGUAAAAAUUCAAGGGCUAACAAACAAGAAAAGAUCAACCAAACCAAAGAUGCUAAUGGCGUGGAAAAUUGGGGAUAUGGUCCAAGCAAAGAUUUCGUUCACUUCACCUUACACAAGGAAAAUAAAGACACCAUGGAAGCCGUCAAUGUUAUAACGAAGUUGUUGAGGGUUCCAAGUCGUGUCAUCAGAUAUGCCGGUACCAAAGAUCGUAGAGCUGUAACAUGCCAAAGACUUUCUAUUUCAAGAAUUGGUAUGGAUAGACUAAAUGCCUUAAACAAAACUCUAAAAGGGAUGAUUAUCGGUAAUUACAACUUCUCAGAUACAAGUUUGAAUCUGGGUGACUUGAAGGGCAAUGAAUUCGUUAUUGUUAUUAGAGAUGUAACUACAGGCGAUAGCGAAGUCUCACUGGAAGAUAUUGUUUCCAACGGUUGUACAUCAUUAUCAGAAAAUGGGUUUAUAAAUUAUUUUGGUAUGCAAAGGUUUGGUACAUUCAGUAUCUCUACGCAUACAAUUGGUAGAGAAUUACUUUUGUCCAACUGGGAAAAAGCUGCUGAAUUGAUUUUAUCUGACCAAGAAAAUGUGCUUCCAAAAUCUAAGGAGGCUAGAAAAAUUUGGGCAGAAACUAGGGAUGCUGCCUUAGCCUUGAAGCAGAUGCCUAGACAGUGUCUUGCUGAAAAUGCAUUAUUAUAUUCUUUGUCCAACCAGAGAAAAGAAGAUGAUGGGACAUACUCUGCGAACGCUUAUUACACGGCUAUAAUGAAAAUUCCAAGGAACUUGAGAACUAUGUAUGUGCAUGCUUACCAAAGUUAUGUCUGGAACUCUAUCGCCAGUAAACGGAUAGAGCUAUAUGGUUUAAAACUGGUUGUCGGUGACCUUGUCAUUGAUGAUACUGAAAAACCUGUGUCUGAGACCAGCAUAGACGAUGAAGAUUUUGAUGAAGAUGUUCGUGAAGCUCGGUUUGUUCGUGCAAAAGCUGUGACUCAAGAGGAUAUUGACUCAGGUAAAUACACCAUGGAAGAUGUUGUAUUACCAUCACCAGGGUUUGACGUGCUUUAUCCUUCUAAUGAAGAAUUGAAGCAACUCUAUGUGGAUAUAUUAAAAGCAGACAACAUGGACCCAUUUGAUAUGAGGAGAAAGGUUCGUGAUUUUUCACUAGCUGGCUCUUAUAGAAACGUUGUUCAAAAGCCAAAGAGUUUAGAAUAUAAGAUAAUCCACUAUGAUGAUCCUUCUCAACAGAUAGCAAACACAGACUUGGAUAUUUUGAAUAAUACAAGGGCAAAAGAAAGCGGUCAAAAGUAUAUGAAAGCCAAAUUAGACAGAUAUAUGCCAGAUAAAGGUGGUGAGAAGACUGCUGUGGUAUUAAAGUUCCAAUUAGGGACAUCUUCUUAUGCUACCAUGGCACUGCGUGAGCUAAUGAAGCUCGAGACUUCUCGCCGCGGUGAUAUGUGUGAUGUCAAACAGGGAAUCUAA